AAAGGUUCGUGCACGCAGUGAAUGAUGCGUAACAUUCAAACGCGUUGAAGACGAAACGUUCACAAGGACACGUUCAGACACAAAGUCAGGUCUUAGACUGAAGACUUUGAGUAGAAAGUUAACUUUUUUUCUGCCUCCUACUCAGCGCUGUGAAAACGCCGACAUCUUUCAGGGAGCAGAGUUUUUUUCGGCUGAUUAUUUCUGUCUCAUAUCGCCAUGUCAGUCGGUGACACGUCGGAGCACACUCGGCGAUCGUGUGUCUUGUCUUGGGAGCAGGUGCAGCGUUUGGACUCUAUUCUCGGCGAACCGGUCCCUAUUCACGGCCGUGGAAACUUCCCGACACUUUCUGUUCAACUCCGUCAAAUCGUCCAGGUUGUCCGAAAACAACUGAAGGAGAGAGGCAUCACUGUGCGGGAUGUAAGACUGAAUGGCUCUGCAGCCAGUCAUAUUCUACACAAGGACACAGGACUCGGGUACAAGGACUUAGACCUGAUCUUUGGCAUAUCACUUUCGGAUGACCAGGCAUUCAAUCUAGUUAAAGAGGUGGUUCUAGACUGCCUGCUUGAUUUCUUGCCUGAGGGCGUCAGCAAAGAGCGCAUCACAGCACUCACCUUGAAGGAGGCCUAUGUGCAGAAGUUGGUGAAGGUGUGCAAUGACUCAGACCGUUGGAGUCUCAUAUCUCUGUCCAACAACACAGGCAAGAACGUGGAGCUCAAGUUUGUGGAUUCUCUGAGGCGUCAGUUUGAGUUCAGUGUGGACUCGUUUCAGAUUGGCCUGGACUCACUGCUGCUCUUUGACCGCUGCUCUGAGACACCAAUGUCCAAAAACUUCCACCCCACUGUGGUGGGAGAAAGCAUGUACGGUGACUUUCAGGAAGCUCUUGGCCAUCUUCAUCAUAAAAUAAUUGCUACACGCAGUCCAGAGGAGAUCCGGGGCGGUGGCCUUUUAAAGUACUGCCACCUCCUGGUGCGGGGCUUCCAACCCAAAUCAGAGACUGAGAUGAAAUCACUUCAGCGCUACAUGUGUUCCCGGUUCUUCAUUGACUUCCCAGACAUAUUAGAGCAGCAGAGAAAGCUGGAGACCUACCUACAGAACCACUUUGUGGGCAUGGAGCACAAGCGCUACAGCUAUCUCACCACACUCUACCAUGUGGUUAACGAGAGUACUGUGUGCCUGAUGGGCCACGAGAGACGUCAGACAUUAAACCUUAUCUCCAUGUUGGCACUACGGGUGCUGGCCGAACAGAAUGCUAUACCCACUGUCACCACAUGUUACUACCAGCCUGCUCCUUAUGCACGGGAUAUAAACUUCAGUAACUACUACAUAGCUCAUGUGCAGCCACUGGUUCACCCCUGCACUAACUCCUACCGGACUUGGCUGCCCUGCAAAUGACCCAAAGACUCAGAACUUGAAAAAAGAGAUAACUAUAAAAACCCUUUGAAAGGGAUAGAUGUCUAACCCGACCUCUGGUGGGGUGAUAUAUGGGCGAACACACUAAAUUCCCUUCUUGUUUUAGUCUUCUCAAUGAAAAUGAGAUUAUAAGAAAUGGCACCCUGAAAUUUUUUUUCAGUUCAAAUGAGUGAAGUGAACUGAUAAUUUACUGCUGUAUAUCUGACAUGAGCCAAUCCUAUUUCUUAUAUAUUCUCUUGCACUCAUAGAAAUUCAUCUUGUUGACUGAAUAUGGGACAGUCUGUCUUUUUCAAAUGUAGCAAUUAUGAUGUAUUAGACCUGCAGCACUUUUUGUUGGCCUAUGGAAAAAAAAAAUCUGCAUUUUUUAAAAUGUAAACCUUUUUUUUUUUUUUUUACUUUUGCCAGGCUGUGGUUCAAUCAAUCUAUUUUAUCUUUUGUUUAAAGGACCAAAGGCAUUUUUAAGGAGGGAAUGUUUAAAUAAUUCCAAGUGCCUAAAAAAUCUAUGUACAAAAAAUGAGUGCUUUGUACGCUCAUGAUUUCCUGUAUCCUUAUAUUUUCAGGGAUAGAAGCAUGUAUUUUCAGGUGAUUAAAAAAAAAACCUUAAAUCCUUAAA